AUGUCGGAUCAUGACAUAGACCCCCGACUGCUCAUUCUACGCCGACAAUACAUGCAGCUGUUUGAGCCCGAUUUUCUAGCUUGGCCACCAUCUAGUCUUCUCAAGAGCGCGGAUGUACAGAAAUGGUUAUACAAACGUUUAUUCGACCCAAGUCUAAAUCCCAAGUUGCCACCCGAGGGCUAUCAAAUGCGUGUCUUGAAACUGCUUCUUUCUAAGAUUAAGAAAGCUACGGAUGAGCAUGAGGUUUCAUGUGAGCUUAAGACGCACCUCGCGUCACUCGCUGCCAGAGGAGCACCGCCCGAGUUUCAGACAUUCCACGAAAAAGCGUAUGUGACGUUCACCUGCACACCAGAAAAGCCUGACCUCGUCGAUGGCUAUGAUGAUGCGCCAGAACGUACAGUAACGCUUCUCGAACGGCGGCACUUGGUAUCAGGUUCACGAACGACGGGAUUUAGGACUUGGGAGGCAUCUCUUCACCUAGCCUCUUACCUACUGACAGAUACUGGCUCAAGUUUUGUCCGUAAUAAGAAUGUGUUGGAGCUAGGCACUGGCACUGGUUUUCUCACCAUUCUCCUAGCCAAGCAUUUACAAGCAAAACGCGUCACUGCUACAGAUGGCGAUGAAGAUGUCAUUGAAGCAUUAAACGAAAACAUUGCUUUGAACAAACUGGACAACCCGCAAAGAGCCAGGACUGGAACUUUGACAUGGGGUUGUGAUCUAGAAGGGACCUGGGUCGAAGACGACUGUGGCACCCAUCCGUACGAUAUUGUUAUUGGCACCGAUAUUACAUAUGAUAAGAUAGCUAUUUCGGCUCUUGUAUCGACGCUUUAUAGUCUCUUUAACAUGAGACCGGAGCUUAAGGUUAUCAUAUCGAGCGUCGUCCGGAAUGCCGAAACGUUCGAGGUAUUUAAAGACGAGUGCGCCUCUCGCAACUUUGCAGUUGAAGACGUCGAAUUCGAGCCAAAGCCGAUGAGGCAGCAAAAGUCACUAUUCUAUGCGGCGGCGGUGCCUAUAAAGAUAUUAUCCAUCACCCGCCCGUGA